AUGUCUCGAGAAUGUACCCGAUUUUUGAAAACCUUCAAGCUCAACUACCCUAUCGUUCAAGCUCCAAUGGCUGGCGUAUCAACGCCCGAGAUGGCAUCUGCGGUUGCUGCAAGCGGUGGUUUAGGGUCUUUAACCUUAUCUCACGUAGACCUCCAAGAUACAUCUGCGGUAUCUGCAAUUCGUAAAGCUGUCAAAAGUUUUCUGUCUACAGCGGGUGCAGACCCUCAAAAGGCCAACUUAAACUUCUUCUGUCACCCAAUAUACCCUAUUCCUACCGUCAGACAGAAAGAAAACUGGAAUAACCUAUACUGCGAAGUUUUGGAAACCAAAGAUUUGAAGUCGCCACUAAAGUUCGACAACGGCAAUGUGAGUUUUAAAUCAAUCGAAACCCAAGAAAAUUCGGACAUUUUCCUGUCCCUAUUGACCUUUUUCGAGACGGAGUUCACGCCGGGCGUGGUCAGCUUCCACUUCGGAUGCCCAUCCUCGAGUUCCAUUCAGAAAUUGAAAAAGACUCGGGAUCGCCAUCUUUGUAACAGCAACUAGUGAGUUUGAGGGAGAAGAGCUCCUCAAGUUGGGCGUCGACGGUAUCAUCUGUCAGGGUUAUGAGGCGGGAGGACAUAGAGGCUGCUUUCCCGGCAAUGAAGUCCACUUAGACGAGGGUCUUUCUACGCUUUGUUUGUUCAAGCGGUUACAAGAAGCCAAGAAUAAAUUGGGGAGCGAGGCGUUUCUUAUUCCAGCUGGUGGGAUCAUGGACUCCCGGGCCAUUCAAUUCUACCUAGAUCAAGGUGCUUCGGCCUGUCAGUUAGGAACCGCCUUUCUCGCCGCUGCGGAGUCCAAGUCCAGCAAGUUUUACAGGGACCUCAUAAAAUCCCACCAUAAGAUAUCCACCACGCUGACACCAUUUCCUUCGGGGCUUCCUGCAAGAACUUUACAAACACCAUUUAUUGAAAGACUCGCUAGCCUUAGUCAAGGUAAAGACCUGCCUCCUUACGGCUACAGGUACAGUGAGUUCAAGCUACUGCGAUCAAAGUUCCCAUCAUUGGUCAACUUUCACUUAUGCGGUCAGGGCGUCAACCAAAUCCAAACGGGGAGGGACAAGUGUUUGAGCACGGCGGAAAUUUUUAGCAGAUUGACGCAAGAUCCUGUAGUUCCCGCAGACUAG